UGGUCGAGAUUUCCCGGGUAACUUUGGACUGUAGCGUUUCUUCACACAGAAAGGAACGGUGUAGUUCCCAGACUUUGGUUUGGUGGUUUAUAGCUUAAUAUCAAACAUAAGUUUAACUUGUUGUUUCGUCAAGUUUUGUAAGGAUACUGCAGAACGAAAAUGGCUGACCAACUGACAGAAGAGCAGAUAGCUGAGUUCAAGGAGGCAUUUUCACUAUUUGACAAGGAUGGCGAUGGAACCAUCACCACCAAAGAGCUGGGCACAGUGAUGCGCUCACUGGGCCAGAACCCCACUGAGGCAGAGCUGCAGGACAUGAUCAAUGAGGUGGAUGCUGAUGGCAAUGGAACAAUAGAUUUCCCUGAGUUUUUGACCAUGAUGGCAAGGAAGAUGAAAGACACGGACAGUGAAGAGGAAAUCCGAGAAGCUUUCCGAGUUUUUGACAAGGACGGGAAUGGCUACAUCAGUGCAGCAGAGCUUCGCCAUGUCAUGACCAAUCUGGGUGAGAAGCUGACAGAUGAGGAGGUUGAUGAAAUGAUCCGGGAGGCUGAUAUUGAUGGGGAUGGCCAGGUGAACUACGAAGAAUUUGUGCAGAUGAUGACUGCAAAGUGAAGCACUUCUCCAUUGGCUGUUCGCUCUGCUGCAAAAAAGCUAAUGAAAAUAUAGAAAAGUUAAAAUCCAUUAAAUUGCAGUUCUGAGGCACCUUUCAAUAGAUAAUGAACCAGUGAAACUUUUAACUGCAUGACAUCAGUCUUCAUGUUUCUCCGAGUGAGAUGAAUGGGUUGGAAUUAGUAGGAAAAGUUCAAGUAAAAAAAUCUAUGAACAUAUGAGAUUAUUAGUACUAGAUUUUGUUACAUCCUGUUUAUCCCCCUUAUUCACAUUGGGUAAAGUGAAUAAGACUGUUUCCAUAGUUGCAUUCUGAUCAUGCAGGUGAACACAGAUCAGACUGUGCAAAAAGGAAGGUUAUACAAUACUGUGCAAAAGUCUUAAGCACUUAACUGUCUAAAACAAAUAUUUUUAUGAAACAUCUAUUU